AUGAAGUACACCACGAUACUGGCCGCGGUGGCCACCUUUGCGAGCACCGUCAGCGCCGGUGUGACUGGCUCCGCUGAGGGCUUCGCCAAGGGCGUCACCGGUGGUGGCAGUGCCACCGAGGUCUACCCUACGACCAAUGAAGAGCUGGUCUCUUACUUGGGCGAUAGCGAGGCUCGCGUCAUUGUCCUUGAUAGAACCUUCGACUUUACCGGAACCGAGGGCACCACCACCACCAGCGGCUGUUCUCCCUGGGGAACUGCCUCCAGCUGCCAGACUGCCAUCAACUUGCACAACUGGUGCGACAACUACGAGCCCAACGCCCCCAAGGUCUCUUCCAUCACCUACGACACUGCCGGUGUUCUCGGUAUCAUCGUGAACUCCAACAAGAGUCUGGUCGGCAAGGGCAGCGCGGGCGUCAUCAAGGGCAAGGGUAUCCGCAUGGUCAGCGGCGCCAAAAACAUCAUCAUCCAGAACAUCGCCAUCACCGACAUCAACCCCCAGUACGUGUGGGGAGGGGACGCCAUCACCGUGGACGACGCCGACCUUGUCUGGAUCGAUCACGUCACGACCGCUCGCAUUGCCCGUCAGCACAUCGUGCUCGGCACCAGCGCCGACAACCGCGUCACUAUCUCCUACUCCCUGAUCGACGGUCGCUCCGACUACUCCGCCACCUGCAACGGCCAUCACUACUGGGGUAUCUAUCUCGACGGCUCCAACGACAUGGUCACCCUCAUGGGCAACUACUUCUACUACCUCAGCGGCCGCAUGCCCAAGGUCCAGGGAAACACUCUCCUCCACGCCGUGAACAACCUCUUCCACAACAUCGAAGGCCACGCCUUCGAGAUCGGCUCCGGCGGCUACGUCCUCGCUGAGGGCAACGUCUUCCAGAACGUCGACACCGUCGUCGAGACCCCCAUCUCCGGCUCCCUGUUCAGCUCCCCCGACGCCACCACCAACGCUCAGUGCAAGAGCGUCUUCGGCCGCUCCUGCCAGCUCAACGCCUUCGGCUCCUCCGGCUCCUGGAGCGGCGCUGAUACCAGCAUCAUCAGCCGCUUCUCCGGCAAGAACAUUGCCAGCGCUCGUGCUCCCACCAACAUCGAGUCUUGGACCAUGAAGAACGCUGGUGCGGGUAAUCUCUAAGCUAAUAAAAAAAAUUCGGUAAUGAGGAUGGGGGGGUACAGUUUCUAGGAAGCAACCCUCGCUCCUUCGGGUUUUCGUUCGUCUUUAUAUUCGAUGCUGCGGGAUGAUGUGG